CAACUACUACGGCACAACCACAGCCAUGGCCAAACCCAAGCGCUCCAAGACGCUCGCUGAGCAGCUGGCUGACAUCGACGGCCCUGCGCCCGCAGACUUCGACCCCGAGGAGCCCGACAACUACGCGAGCGAGAGCGAGGAUUCUGACAGCGAACCUGAGGCUGCCGACGGGAGAGAGCACUAUGUCGACGUUGGCAAGAGCAAGCUGCGCAAGCCUGCUGCCGCCCCGCUAGGCCCCAAGUACAAGGGAGCGCGCGUCAGUCGCGAUGCUGUUGAGGAUGAGGACAGCGACGACCCGUUCAGCAAGGGCUUCGACGAGGAAAGCAGCGAGGAAGAGGAGGAUGCAGCGCAUGACGAGGACGAGGACGAUGGGAUGGGCUCCGAGGGCGAGGAAGAGGGUACCGACGCCACGGACCUGAGCGCCGAAGACGAAGACGACGAGGAUGAUGAGGACGACGACGACGACGACGACGACGACGACGAAGACGAAGAUAUGGAGGAUGCCAAACCGGCCAUUGAUCGCGCCGAGCUGCGCAAGCUCAUGAACGAGGAGCAGAAGACAGUCGCGGCCACAAUCUCAGAGGCGGCCAAAGCAGACGCCGAAAAGGGUCGCGCGGUCAAGGCACAGCGCAAGACGUUCGACUCGCUGCUCAACACGAGGAUCCGGCUUCAAAAGGCGCUCAUCGCGACCAACUCGAUGGCGGCGCCGCAAGCCAAGCUGCCCGCCGACGCCAGCGAGGCCGAGGACCCCAUCCGCGCGGCCGAGGAAGCCGCGUGCAACCUGUGGAACUCGCUGAACGACCUGCGCGAGAGCCUGCACACGGCGCGCACGGGGACGAAGCGCAAGCGCGGCGAGAUCAGCACGUCGACGGCGACGGAGGACGCGUGGAGCCAGAUGCAGAGCUACGAGGCGGCGACGGUGCCGCACCGGCAGGCGGUGCUGGAGAAGUGGUCGAGCAAGGCGCGCGGCGUGUCGGCGCUGCCCGCCCGCAGCAAGCUCAACAACGCCGCCGCGGCGCAGCAGCAGACCAUUAUCGACGUGCUGUCGGCGCAGCUGGCCGACUCGGUGCGCCUGGUCAAGCGCACGCAGACGCCGCGCUCGUGCGCCCCUUUGCAGGCGGCUGCCGCCACGCACGCCACCGACUCGCCCGCCGUCUUCGACGACGCGGACUUCUACGGCUUGCUGCUCAAGGAGCUGCUGGAGCAGCGGAGCCAGGACGCCUCGUCGGGCGCCGCCGGCCUCGCCUUCAACGUGCCCCACUGGCAGGCGGCGCGCGACGCCAAGACGAAGCGCCACGUCGACACGCGCGCGUCCAAGGGCCGCAAGCUGCGCUAUACGGUGCACGAGAAGCUGCAGAACUUCAUGGCGCCCGAGGAGCGCGGCGCGUGGGGCGAGCGCCAGGCCGACGAGCUGUUUGGCAGCUUGUUUGGGCGCCGCAUGGCGCUGGCCGAGGACGAGGCCGAUGGCGUGGCUAGCGGCGCUGAGGACGACGACGACGAGGACCUCGGCGAGCAGGGCUUGAUGCUGUUUAGGAAUUGAGGAGGGAAGGGGUUUGGAUAUUUUUGAUAAAAGCUGGGGCAGCUCUGUUGUACAGGCACAUAUAGAUCUUACGCAAAUUUAGGC